GCAUUGAGAACGGCGUAAUACGCUAUCCUCCGAUACUGCAUAACGCUGCUCGCUCUUGGCAUUGUGCUGUCUGGCGUGUUCUAUUACGGCAUAAUUCAGUUCAUUUUUCUGCAGUUUCUUCUGUUGCGGCAUAUUGUUGGCCGCCACUACAAAAGGCCAGUGUCACACAGUGCAUCGCGGCUGCCAGUCGGAAGGUUUCAUCAAGGACGGCCAAUGUUGUGUUAAUGCAGUACGGCCAAGUCAAUGUUUGACUAGCCCCGGCGCUACUCUGUCCUGUGCUGUAUCGCACAAAAACAGCACGACACAGCGCCGCAUAACAUUACCACCACAACAGAGUGCCCACAAAGUGCUUUCUCCGUUCGAGCUUCGCCCAGGUCGGGAUGGUGCGUCCAGCUUCCAGAUAACAUCCGUCUCGUCCAGCGCGUUACAAAGGCGGUAUUGAGGCGGUCCGGACAGCACGAAGCAGCAAAAGGCGGUGGCGAGUUCCCCAGUGUGGUGAAACCGCGGUGCAGCCGGGCACAGAGGGAGCAUUGAGAGCCCUUUCUGCUCAAUACACAAUGAGGCCGGGCCUGCGAUCUCUCCUCCUCACCCCCCCUCCCUCCCUUGCCCUCCACGCUGUGAUCCUGCUCUCCCUGGGCCUUCGCUGCCAGGCGGUGCAGGCGGAGAACGUGACGGUUCUGGAGGGCGGUACGGCGCAGAUCUCCUGUCGGCUGCAGAACUACGACGGCUCCAUCGUGGUCAUCCAGAACCCGCGCAGGCAGACCCUCUUCUUCAACGGCACCCGGGCUCUGAAAGAUGACCGCUUCCAGAUGGUCCUGUUCACCCAGCGGCUGGUGCGCAUCACCCUCAGCAACGUCAGCGUGUGGGACGAGGGCGGCUACUUCUGCCAGCUCUACACCGACGACACACACCACCAGGUGGCCACGCUGUCCGUCAUUGUGCCCCCCGAGGUGCCCACCGUGGAGGUGAAGACGGAGGCGGUGGAGGGGGGCGAGGUGGAGCUCACCUGCCUGUCCCCGCGCAGCAAGCCCCCCGCCACGCUCCGCUGGAUGCGCGACCGCCGCGAGAUCCCAGGGGUCGUGUCUCAGCAGGAUUACGGGAAAACAGUCAGCGUCUCCAACACCAUCCGAAUCCCGGUGGAGAGGCGGGACAAUGGGGCGGCCGUCAGCUGCGAGGCAAUCCACCCGGCGCUGGGCACGCAGAAGAGGGUGCGGCACUACCGGCUGGAUGUGCACUUUGCCCCCACGGUGAGGAUCAUCCCGCCCCCUGGAAUACUGAGGGAGGGAGAUUCUCUCAGCCUCACUUGCUCCGUCAGCGGGAACCCACUCCCACGGAACGUGCAGUGGUCCCGGGUUAACGACACCCUCCCGGAGCGGGCUGAGAUUUCGGGCUCCACCCUGACGGUGUCGCGGCUCAGCCAGGCCCACAACGGCACCUACCUCUGCCAGGCGCACAACAACUACGGCCGGGCCGCCGACCACUACACACUGCUGGUGUACGAGAAUGUGUCUGUCGUAGAGACUGUGUCUGUCACCCCCACGGUCCCUCCCACCUCCCAUCUCGUCACCUCAAUCCCAACCUCCCUAAUCCCUAACGAUGCCGUGGACCCCAAAGAUCCCGGGGCAGUAGUGGAGACCCACAGCGCAGUACCGUACGCUGUGAUAGGGGGCGUCCUGGCACUGCUGGUCUUCACUGUCAUCUGCGGGCUCAUCGUCACCAUAUGGUGCUCUGUCAGGCAGAAAGGCUCCUAUCUGACCCAUGAGGCCAGUGGUCUGGACGAGCACGGGGAAGUCCAAGAAGCCUUUCUCAACGGAAGCGACUCCAGGGAGGGCAAGAAGGAGUAUUUACUGUAGCCACCUCUGCUGGUGGCCUCCUGAACUGCGACUGUACAACGGCAUACCCCACACCACACACUGCAAAACCGUCACAAAGAGCGAGAGGGAAAGACGAUCCACCUGUACAAUUGUGCCACACAAUGGAAAGGAGCCAAAGGGAGGAGGCGUGAGACUGUAAUCAGAGCGAAAGAGAGAGAGAGAGAGAGAGAGGCUAAUUAUUAUGAUGGGGAGAAACGAGGGAACACAAACCUGCCCAAUGCACUGUGCAGAGAGAGAAAGAGAAGAAUGCCUGAAUUCUGCACUGAGAGAGAACUGCUUAGUCAGAACACACACGUCGAGAGUUGCAGAGGCAGUGAGAGCAGGGAACGAUGGGGGUUAUAAGCUAUUGGAUGCUUGACGUGAGAAAAUUGAAAUACUCAAAUUGCCGGAGCGUCUCAGCCACAAAGACUAAUUCUCACACAUCAUUUUGACAACACCCAGAGUGCAACACUGGCAUCUCAUUAAGGAUACACAUAUUUAUAAAUGUAAAGUACCUGCUGGUAUUAGAAACUGAUAAUCCAUUUCCAGGAUGAGUCCCGCCAUUAUCACUUGGCAGUGUGGAGUCUGAAUUUUUACUGAGUUUUCUCGCUGUCUGUAAUCUGGACUGAUUUGUACUACUGAAGAAUUCUCUCUUUCUUUCUCCUUUGUCUUUCUCUCUCGCGUAAUCUCUCUCUCCAUUGUUUGCUAGUAGCAGAAGGAUUUUAUUGUCUCUCUUCAUGAGUGAAAGGAAGAAGAGCAUGAACCACUAAGGGAUGUUAAAGAGGACAGAUUAUUUCAAUUCUAUUAUUAGAGGGUAAAAAGCUCGAAUGAUCAAAACCCUGAAAGAACAAAAACAAGAAGAACAGGAAAAAAAGUCGUGAACACUGUAAUACAGACAAACACAGUUACAUAAUGAUACAUAUCUUUGAACUCAAAUGUUAUUUGUAUAAAAAAGGCAACAACAAAAAAGGAACAUGAAAUGAAUCUUUUAAAAAAGAAAAACAACAGCAACAAAAAAAGAUUUCCUUUGGAACGUAUUAUGAAGUGAUGUUAUUAUACUAACACAGAAUAUUAGCCUAGCGGUGCAAAGCCGAACAAAUACUGUUAAGUGAUCUUUGAGAAAAAAAAAGACAAAACAAAACAAAAAAAAUCAUUUCAUUUUAUCAUUAUGAAAUACCUG